CAAGGUGGAUACAACAUGAGAAUGCUACUCGUGGUUUGCAUGGUGCUGUCAUGGAUGUUUGUCCACAGAUGGAGCCAGAGGAACAGUAAAAGCCCAAGAACUUGGCCACUUGUAGGGGCAGCUAUUGAACAGCUGCUGAAUUAUGACAGAAUGCACGACUGGCUUGUCGAAUACUUGUCCAAGUCAAAAACUGUCAUCGUCCCAAUGCCAUUCACAACUUACACAUACAUUGCAGAUCCUGCUAAUGUAGAACAUGUCCUCAAAACCAACUUUGCCAAUUACCCAAAGGGUGCAGUGUAUCACUCAUACAUGGAGGUGCUGCUUGGAGAUGGAAUUUUUAAUGUAGAUGGAGAGCUCUGGAGGAAGCAAAGAAAGACAGCAAGUUUUGAGUUUGCAUCCAAGAACUUGAGGGAUUUCAGCACUGUGGUUUUCAGAGAAUAUGGCCUGAAGCUCUCUGCUAUUAUAAGUCAAGCAUCUUUCAACAACCAAGAAGUAGACAUGCAGGAACUGCUGAUGAGGAUGACUUUGGACUCCAUAUGCAAGGUUGGGUUUGGUGUGGAGAUAGGAACUUUGUCCCCAAAUCUACCUGAAAAUAGAUUUGCACGAGCUUUUGACACUGCAAAUAUCAUUGUUACUCUUAGAUUCAUCGACCCUCUUUGGAAAAUUAAAAACAUUCUUAAUAUUGGCUCUGAAGCUCUACUUGACCAGAGCAUUAAAAUCAUUGAUGAUUUUACAUACUCUGUUAUUCAAACAAGGAAGGUUGAGAUAGAAGAAGCCCGAGAAAAUCAUAAACAUGAUAAGAUAAAACACGAUAUAUUAUCGAGAUUCAUCGAGUUAGGUGAAAACACAGGGAGCAACUCAACUGACAAAAGCCUCAGAGACGUGGUAUUGAACUUUGUGAUUGCUGGCCGUGACACAACAGCAACAACUCUGUCAUGGGCCAUAUACAUGAUAAUGAGCCACGCUCAUGUAGCUGACAAGCUUUACUCAGAGCUCAAAACUUUUGAAGAGGAUCGAGAAAAAGAGGAGAACAUCUCGCUGCUUCAGAAUGAUGCAGAGGAACCUGAAUCAUUUGAUCGAAGAAUUGAACAAUUUGCUGGACUAUUGACUUAUGAUUCAAUGGCAAGAUUACACUACCUGUAUGCAGUGAUCACAGAAACACUUCGUUUGUACCCAGCUGUUCCUCAGGAUCCUAAGGGUAUCCUGGAAGAUGACAUAUUGCCAGAUGGAACCAAGGUAAAAGCAGGAGGCAUGGUGACUUAUGUACCCUACUCGAUGGGAAGAAUGGAGUACAACUGGGGUCCUGAUGCAGCUUUGUUCAAGCCUGAGAGAUGGCUCAAAGAUGGUUUCUUCCAAAAUGCAUCUCCAUUCAAGUUCACUGCAUUCCAGGCAGGGCCAAGGAUAUGUCUCGGGAAGGACUCAGCAUAUCUUCAAAUGAAGAUGGCCUUGGCCAUUUUGUGUAGGUUUUACAAGUUCAGUUUGGUGCCAGGGCAUACAGUGAAGUACAGGAUGAUGACAAUUCUAUCAAUGGCACAUGGAUUAAAGCUUACAAUCAGCAGACGCUCUUAAAAUGCCACUCCCCUGCCAUAAUGAAAGCUUGCAAGCUUUGCAAUUCAGUAUGCAUGUAUUAUCAAUUUAGACAAUGUAGCAAUCUCUACUCAUAAAAAUGACCUAAUCACUCAGGUGACAUGCUUUUUUUUUCAUCUUUGGUGAAAAUGAACGUCCAAUAAUUAGAUUCUGUUUA